ACAAGAAAACCCCAUCAUAUUACCGAAGCUUUCAUCGAUGGCGGAUCUUGUUCCCGCCAGUUUCUUGACGCAAGCUAACGCCCUAUUCAGGAAAAACUUAGUCUAUCAGAAACGAAACAUAUGGAGUAACGUUCGGCUCAUAGUGAUCCCCUUGUACCUCUGCGUGCUUCUAGUGAGCAUUCAAGCUUUGUUUGAUACACAAGUCAAUAACUCUUCUGAUAAUCGAUGUGGUUGUCGAUGCAUUGACGACAAAAAUGAAGAUGGUAAAUGCGAAAAAAAGAGUUGCGGUUUAGAAUAUUCGUCACAGAAACAAGCCAUAUUCUGUGCUUUCCCCAACCCUCCACUACUGCCUCCUUUGUUACAUAUUCCACGUCCCAAAACUCCUUCUCGCUCGUGUAAACGACGAACCGGAUCUUGUCCUGUAACUAUACUUGUUACUGGAAAGAACCCUUCCCUUGGACCAACUUUAUCUAGGAAUCUGCUUACUACUUCUUUCAUGGCGAACUCUUCUGAACUCUGGUUGCGUAAUCUAGCCAUUAAUGUUUUGGGUACAACAUCAGAGCCAGACUUCACCAAUCAUUUUGAUCCAGGGAUUUACUCACAGCUUCCCAUCUUCAACAUCCAACCUCGGUGCACUCCAAACACCACAUUUUCAUUCUCUCUUGGACAAUCUCCUCUUAAGCUUCAGAAAGAGGUGAGAUGCGUUCAAGGAUUGAGUCUCUGGCGGAAUAACUCCAUAGACUUCAAUCAUGAGAUCUUAAAAGGAUAUCAGAAAGGAAACCGUGAGGAGAUUAUCAACGAGGUCGCUGCAGCAUACGAUCUCUUGGACACCGAUAGUAACAAAGUCAAUGUGACCAUCUUGUAUAACUCUACAUACAAGACCAAAUUGCUAGAUAGGCGUGUAAAGCUUGUUCGAGUUCCUCGCUCAGUCAAUUUAAUUUCAAAUGCUUAUCUUCAGUAUUUGCAAGGGCCAGGGACAAAGAUGUUAUUCGAGUUUGUCAAAGAAAUGCCUAAAGUAGAAACUUGGCUUCGUGUGGACAUUGCGUCUUCCAUUGGUCCCAUUUUCUUCACAUGGGUCAUUCUUCUUCUGUUCCCUGUGAUCUUGAACUCAUUGGUGUAUGAGAAACAAGAGCGUCUAAGAAUCAUAAUGAAAAUGCAUGGGCUAGGAGAUGGACCAUACUGGAUGAUUUCCUACGCCUAUUUUCUCGCCAUAUCUACGUUAUACGUUAUAUGCCUGAUGGGUUUUGGGUCAGUAAUAGGACUAAAGUUCUUCAAGCUUAAUGACUACAGCAUCCAGUUUAUUUUCUAUUUUCUCUACAUAAAUCUACAAAUCUCCAUUGCCUUUCUAGUUUCCUCAGCAUUUUCAGAAGUUAAGACCGCAUCAGUUGCUACUUACAUAUACGUCUUUGGAUCUGGGCUCUUGGGGGCUUUUCUCUUUCAGUUUCUGCUGGAAGAUUCCUCGUUUCCUAGACACUGGAUUUUUUUCAUGGAGCUGUAUCCAGGCUUCUCUUUAUACCGUGGGUUGUAUGAGUUCUCCGAGUUUGCCCUUAAUCGAAGGGAUGGGAUUACGUGGAAUGAUUUCAGUGAUAGUGCAAUGGAUGACGUUUUUUACAUUAUAAUCGUCGAGUGGUUUAUCUCACUCAUGGCAGCAUACUAUAUCGAAAAUAUUUCUUCAUCCGGAAAAGACCUUAUGUUCUUCUUGAAAAACCCUUUCAAGUCUGUGCCUCAAAAACAGGGCUCUGGGGUGUUGGUAGAAAUGGAGAAACAAGAUGUAGCACAGGAGAGAGAAAAAGUUGAGAAAUUGAUGCUUGAGCCGAGCACAAGAUAUGCUGUUGUAUGUGACAACCUGAAGAAGGUGUAUCCAGGUAGGGAUGGAAACCCACCUAAAAUGGCAGUCCAAGGGCUAUCUCUCGCGGUACCUUCAGGAGAAUGCUUCGGUAUGUUAGGGCCCAAUGGUGCUGGCAAGACCUCUUUCAUCAAUAUGAUGACUGGGCUUGUGAAACCAACAUCUGGAGCAGCUUUUGUUCGAGGUUUGGACAUAUGCAAGGAUAUGGAUAGAGCAUACACCAGCAUGGGUGUAUGCCCACAACACGACUUGCUUUGGGAGACUCUAUCAGGAAAGGAGCAUUUGCUCUUUUAUGGGAGACUAAAGAAUCUUAAAGGCUCUGAUCUUAACCAAGCUGUAGAAGAGUCUCUUAAGAGUGUGAACCUAUCUCGCGGAGGAGUUGCUGAUAAACCUGCUGGGAAAUACAGCGGAGGUAUGAAAAGACGGCUAAGUGUGGCCAUUUCACUUAUUGGGAGUCCUAAGGUGGUUUAUAUGGAUGAGCCAAGCACAGGACUUGAUCCAGCCUCAAGAAUGAGCCUAUGGACGGUCAUCAAACGCGCAAAAAGACAUACUGCGAUAAUCCUCACAACACACUCAAUGGAAGAGGCAGAGUUUCUCUGUGACCGAUUAGGGAUUUUUGUAGAUGGAAAGUUACAAUGCAUAGGGAACCCAAAAGAGCUAAAGGGAAGAUAUGGCGGAUCCUAUGUAUUUGCAAUGACAACCUCAUCAGAACACGAGCAAGAUGUGGAGAUGUUGGUUCAAGGUUUUUCUCCAAACGCCAAGAAGAUAUAUCACAUCGCAGGGACACAGAAAUUCGAGAUCCCAAAAAAGGAAGUUCGUAUCUCAGAAGUGUUUCAGGCGGUGGAGAAGGCCAAGAGCAGUUUCAGGGUGUUUGCUUGGGGACUUGCAGACACAACUCUGGAAGAUGUCUUCAUUAAAGUUUCUAAAACUGCUACGGACUUUAAUGUCUUCUCUUGAGUGUUCUUAUAUUGAAAUAUUUGCAUGUGUGUGCUAAAUUGGUCAUGUAGAGAGGCUUGUAAAUAGUCAUGUACAUUCUUGGA